AAGAGAUGGUCCAAUGAUUUAAUGUCGAUUUUUGGAAUAUGGCAUGAAUAAUUAGUGUAGGUUAAUAUACAAAUAUAAUUUUGAAACACUGACGUUGGUUAAUUAUUAAUUUGCAUUAGGAAUUUGGCUCACAUAUUAAAUUUCAAACAUGUGUUGGCUCUAAAGCUCGAAAAUAGUUUAAUAAAAUUGUGCAUGUAAGUAAUUGGUAAAUAAAUUCUGAAUUACCAAAUCCUCCAAGAAAGUUUAGAUAUGGAACAAUGAGAUGCAUAAUCUCAUCCGGCGAUUGGGUAUGCACUUUGUAAAACUGUGGCUCAAUUUCCAUUCCGAUGAAGACUGUACGAUUUCCAUUUCUUAAUUCGGAUGGAAAUCUGGUGUGAAAUUGAUCCCUUUGUGGGCGUCCUAACCCGUUAAUCGUGACGCUCCAUGAACCCCCAUCGAAUCUGAGACUGUGGAAGAAUAAAUUGAUUAUGAAGAUAACUAAUAGGCAGGCCGUAGACGCUUGGUACUACGAGAUCUGUGAUGAGGAGCGCUACCCCAAAAAGAAUGCGAAGGGCGAAUUCAAUCUCUAUCAUGACACGCAGGUCUUGUGGAGGUCAAGUGUCGAGCUCGGGAUGGGUUUCGCCGUUCAGCACAACGAGGGCGGCACCGAGGUCCAAGUGGCUGGGCAGUAUUACCCCGUGGGAAAUUUCAUUAGUCAAGAAGCCAGCAAUCCGAACGAUAUGAAACCCAUUUGUCACACGGAGGAAGAAGUUUGCAAGGCGUAUAAGAGUGGAAAACCUUUGUUAGGAGAUUGUCAAGGAAAACUAUGGGUGCCCGAAAAGCCGAAGACACCUCCUCCGAAAACUCAAAAACCGGAACCAGAAGACGACGAGAAAGAAGAAAGCGACGAAAUUAAAGAACUUGACGAAUCUGGGGAGGAGAAACACGUGCAAAGGCUAAAGUUUGGCUUUGGCGAUGGCGAAAUGGCAUCUGCAGGAGGAAGCAAGCUCUUCAAAAUGCUCUCCAUGUUCGACUCCAUGAAGGGCGGGAAGAUUAAAGUUAUUCAUAUUGGAGGGCCUGGGCUUGCCUCUUUGUUGGGCUGACUCAGGUAGUCAGAUUCUAAAGCCGGUGUCACAUUUACUAUGAACUUGCUUGUGUGGAAAUGAUUCUGCAACCCAAAAUAUUUAUAAAACAAGUGAUUAAAUCAGAUUUUCCUUA